CCUUGUCAAUCAAAGCACCAUAAGCGGUACUACAGUAGCAGAUUACCGCUGAGAGAACAGACCUCAGCGUGCUCGCAUUAACACUAUAGUUUAGACAUAGGCUUUGUGAAACCUCGCUGUGUUUAUUCGGAUACUCGGGACCUUUUAAUACCUGCCUUGAUGAGAUGAAGAGGAUGAUGCUUUGGACAUCAUGUUUUGUCGUGAGCUUUGUAACGCUCUUACUCUGCGCACGAGCAUCAGGCAACCUGCCACAAUGUAAAGAGACAGACUAUUACUUUGAGUACACAGAAUGUGACAGCACAGGGUCCAGAUGGAGGGUAGCCAUUCCUCACAGACAGGGCAGCUGUACGGGCCUACCAGAGCCGGUCAGAGGCACAGACUGCACCUUUUCUUGUGAAGCUGGGGAGUUUUUAGAGAUGUCAUCCCAGCAGUGUACAGCAUGUGCGGCCGGCUCCUAUUCGUUGGGAAGUGGCGUGCGUUUCGACCAAUGGGAUUCAAUCCCUGCCGGAUUCACCAGCCUGGCCACGUACAUGGACUCAGGAGGUUCAGGGGACGACACUAUGACCUGCAACAAUUCUUCAUGGACAGCUCAGGGAACUCACUUGGAGUCCAAUCGUGAUGACUGCACAGUGUCUCUGGUAUACGCGGUGCACCUCAUGAAACAGGGCUCCGUCUCUUUUGACUAUCAAUACGUCGACAGCAACGUCUUCUUUGAGUUCUUUAUCCAGAACGAUCAAUGCCAAGAGAUGGACCAGGCUGGUAGUGAGAAAUGGAUCAAGCUCACCACAAAUGGAGAAUGGGGAACCCACACAGUCAAUCUAAAGUCAGGAACAAACAUCUUGUAUUGGAGAACCACAGGAAUGCUUUUGGGUGGGAAACCUGUGAAGCCAGUCCUCUUGAAGAACAUUCAGAUUGAAGGUGUGGCGUAUACAUCAGAGUGUUUUCCGUGUAGACCAGGCACGUACAGUAAAACUCCAGGUUCUUCCUCCUGUGAUCUCUGUCCAAGGAAUACGUAUUCUGGAAAAGGAGCCAGCUCUUGUACACCAUGCUUGGAGACACAGUAUUCCCAGGAGGGCUGGUCGGAGUGCAAAGAGAAACCACCUUGUUCAGAGAAAGACUAUUUUCAAAUCCACACACCCUGCGACAGAGAUGGCAAGACUCAGAUUUUAUACAGAUGGGUGGAGCCACAGGUGUGCGUGGAGAAUGUGACCGGUGCUGUUACACUGCCCCCAACUGGAGAAAAAGAGGAUUGUCCACCCUGUAAUCCAGGCUUUUACAUGCACAACACUUCCACCUGUCUGCCUUGCCCACAAGGGACCUAUUCAGAUGGCACCACAGAAUGUCAAAGAUGCCCUGGAGGAACUGAACCUUCUCUGGGAUACGAGUACAAGUGGUGGAACAUACUGCCGAGGAAUAUGAAAACUUCCUGUUUUAAUGUGGGCAACUCCAAAUGUGAUGAGAUGAAUGGUUGGGAAGUGGCUGGCGAUCACAUCCGCAGUGGAGUGGGAGGUUCAGAUAAUGAUUACCUCAUCUUAAACCUACGAGUGCCUGGAUUCAAACUUCCUACGUCUGUAGACGACGCAUCAGCAACAGAGUUUGGUCGAAUCACUUUUAUUUUUGAGACCAUCUGCAGCGCAGACUGUGAACUCUAUUUUAUGAUAGAUGUAAAUAGGAAAAGCACGAAUGUUGUGGAAUCGUGGGUUGGAAGUAAAGUCAGACAGGCAUAUACUCACAUCAUGACCAAAAACGCAUCUGUGUCCUACACAUGGGCUUUCCAACGUACUAACAAAGCCAUAGAUGCACGUCAGCGUGUGAACGACAUAGCAAAAAUCUAUUCGAUCACGGUGACAAAUGCUAUGGAUGGCUCUGCAUCUGGUUGCCACGCCUGCGCUAUGCUGAGUCAACAGGACGGCUCGUCCUGCGUCCCCUGUCCUGCCGGACAUUUCAUCAACAAAGACACAAACCAGUGCCAGGAAUGCCCGCCCAACACCUUCCUUUCUGGACAUCACAUCUACGGGCGUGAAGCCUGUCAGCCCUGUGGUCCGGGCAGCAAGAGCAACAAGGAACACUCGGUGUGUUUUAACGACUGCAGUUUCUCACACGUGGAACAUAACCGAACUUAUACCUAUGACCUCCGUGCCCUAAGCUCAGUGGGGUCAAUCAUGAAUGGGCCCAGCUUCACUUCCAAAGGAACCAAAUACUACCACGAAUUUAACAUCAGUUUGUGUGGGACAGAGGGGAGGAAGGUGGCUGUGUGCACUGACAAUGUUACAGAUCUGUCUAAUAAAGACCUGCAAAAUGAAUCGGCUGACCUCACCAAUUUUGUAGAGACUUUUGUGUGUCAAUCAACUAUCAUCCCUGCAGAUGGGCGGGGCUUCAGAACAGCCCUGUCCUCUCAGUCUAUAAGCCUGGCUGAUACUUUCCUCGGAGCGUCUGUUGAAAACAUGCUGGAUGGAGUUUAUGUUAGUCCAGACCUGUUUCCAGAGUCUUCACAGAAAGUUCCAGAUAUCAAGUUCUUCUUUCGUUCGCCCCAGCCAACAGCAUCUUGUUUGAAUGGUCGAAGUACAGUCGUAAAUCUGCGCUGCAACCCUGAAAAAAGUGACCGUGGGGAUCUUACUGUGCCAAGCAAGUGCCCAGCAGGUACAUGUAAUGGCUGCGAGUUUCAUUUCCUCUGGGAGAGCUCCAGCGCUUGUCCACUUUGCACUGAGACGGACUACCACUCAAUAGAAGGCGCGUGUAAAGGAGGAAUGCAGGACACCCUCUAUGUGUGGAGCGAACCAAAACUCUGCACCAAAGGGGUAUUACUCCCGAACAAGACAUCCGCCCAUUGUGAAGUGGUUACCUUAUGGAUAAAGGCUGGAAUUGGGGGUGGAGCUUUCAUUGCCGUCCUCCUCAUCUCUCUCACAUGCUAUUUCUGGAAAAAGAACAAGAGGCUUGAAUACAAAUACUCAAGACUUGUAAUGUCUGCCAAUAAGGACUGUGAGCUGCCAGCGGCCGAUAGCUGUGCACUGGCGGAGGGAGAGGGCGAGGAGAACGAAGAUGAUGUAGUUUACUCAAAUACUCCUUCAUUACUGGGAAAGCUGAAGGCUAUCGCGAGCAAGGCAGAUGGGGACAGCAGUGAAUCAGUACAGCUGAAGUCUUCUAAGGCAGAGAGAUGGGUUUGGGGAUAACAGACUAAAGAAAACCGAUUCAUCAGUCAUGUACAAGAAAGAAAGAGAUAAAGUUCCAGGGAGUGUUUAGGUUUCUACCAACAGCUUUCAAUGUCUUUUUUCAGAUUCUUAAUAUUUGCAUUCACCCCUUUCUCAAAUACAUACAGUGUAUACUCACCCAAAACCACUUGACUCCAUUCAAAAACAUGGAUAUCACAAACACACAAUGUUUGAGUCUUGAUGUGUAUGGUUUUGCACUGCCAUAAACGAUUGCAAAUUGAGCCUAAAAGUGUGUUUGUGUAGGUGAGUAUGUUCAUGAGACAGAAGUCCUCCAGGUUUAAGUUCUGCUUGUUCAUAAAACACAAGCAUUCACACAAGGAGUUCAUCAAGUGUUUAGCCAACAGAGGGAAACAGAGAGCUUUAUCCAUCACAGAGCUUGACCAACACCUUUAGUUUCCUCUUGAGAUUGUCAAACAUCACAGAUGAUCUAAAAGAAAUAGGAAUGUUUUGACCGCCCCUUCUUUAAUGUAUGUACAGAGAGGACCUACCCAUCUCCUCAGAGGAGAACAAGAGCCAGUACUGUUUUUUAUUUGUAUUUUCUAUUGUGUAUUUUGAGCUGUAUAAAGUUAUGUUCAAAUAUUUCUCUGUUCUGUUCUAUAUUGUUUGUGCUUUAAUAAAAUUUCAAAGCGCUUUAAA